ACUUUUCCUCCCUUUUCCUGACAGUUUAAGUUCGCGCUCCGCGUUUCCACAUUCCCACUUCUCCCUCUCACUCUUCCAGGUACACGCCCUUUGACUUGUCAGGGGGGAAAAGUUUUAAGGGAAAGAAAAAAAAACCUAAAUCACGGAAGAGAUUCUGCUGUCCUACUAGUUUGGCAAGUUCCCUGGGCUCAAAGCAGCGUAGAAAGGCGGAGAAGAGAGCAGAAACUCAAAUUUGCGCACAUUUGUACACUUCUCUUGUCCCGCAGACGGUAUACGGUGAGUUGAAUGCGUCUUUCUGGCUUCUUUGGGGUUUUAUCCAGCGGGUGAGCAUUGUAUUUGUUCAUGGUUUUUGCCACGUUUCGAUAGACUCAAAGAGCCAUCCCAUGAAAGUUGGCCGCGGGCUGACUGCAGGACGGUUUCAGUGACUCCAGAGCUCCGAAAACCUGCAGGCUUCGUGUUGCACUUUUACGAAACAGCAAAAGAGAGUAGUUGGCAGCUAUUUUGAUUUAAUUCAAGCCAAAUUUUACGGUUUUAUUGAGCGUCUUUGAUUGCCAUAUGCUCUCUAUGUCCGUCUCUCUCUCUCUCUCUCUCUUUCUCUCUCUGCCUUCCUCUCUCGGAAAGAUAUUUGAUAUUUUGAUGUAGAUCAGUUGUCAAGUUGCCGAUCAAUUGCAAACAGCCUAUCAAAAAUUGAAGUGACUAGAGGUGACAGAGUAUUGGGCUAAAGUAUAGUAUGUCUAAAGGGUGUCCGGGCCGCGCGUGAAAGCGCAAUUUUGCGCGAAACCAACCCCUUUUGCGCACAGAAUAAGGAGGCCCACUCUAGUGACAGCUUUCCGUAAAAGAAUGGCCUUUCUAAUAUGUUCAUGACGCCUCAUUUAGGGUCUUUUUUCCUAUGCUCAAAUUUCUCGCGGUGUUAAUGACGAUGAGCCCUGGCGAACGUGAUGGCGCACGCGCCUCUCUAUACGUCCAAAGCUCACCGAGGACUGGGAUGAGAGACAGCCGCUGUAUGUACGUCUGCUCCCCGCAAUUUACAGCCACAACCUAACUUGUUCCUCUUUUAAUAUUUUAUGCCACGCGAGCGGUAGUAUUGUCAUUACUCUGCGCACAUACCGUAUCACAUUCGCCCAUUUGGAAACGCAACACUCAAUCUCCUUUGGGCUCUGGGGGGAAACGGGAAACCUCUGGUUGUAGGCCUGUAUAUUUAAUUAUUUGCGCAGUUGUUUUUGGCCUGUUAGAGCGAAUAGCACAGGUUAUUCCCCCCCUGAGUGGGACACGUUGUAGAUCUGACGUCUUUCUUUAGAUGUUGGAUUCGACCACAUCUGUCGAAAUAAGGGCCACUGUCCCGGCAGGCGACAGCUCCUUUAGAAAGGUCACAGGUGAAUAAUGAAUGUGAGAAUGGCGAGUCAAAGAAUAAUGUCUUUUGCCGGGUAUAUUUGGACUGGACACAUAUGAAGCUGCCGAGGCCUUUGUGUAACGUUGCUCAGGCUGAGGAGGGUGUGUCACCUGGCAGGAAGAAGUCCCCUAAAGUUCCUACUAAACUAGGGCUGUGUCUGUGAUCCAAGAAGACCAGAAAAACAUGACUGGGGUUCAAAUUCUUUAACAUAUGUGGCAAAUAAAACUUUUUCAUGUCCACUCUUAUAUCUUUGUUAUGACUGUCAAAUGGCAGCUGUGCUGACUAUCAGAUCUGAUAGGCUUCCUCUGCUGCAUGCAAACCUGUGGUUGUGUUGAGCUCAUGUGGUAGCAGAUCUUUGCAGGGCAAAGUGACAGUUAGAGAUCAGUAGGUCAGGGAGUAAGUCCUGAAAGGGGUCGAGUGAAAUCUUAGGUUUUAAUGACCUUACGCCACAGCGUCAGAGCUCUCUGUCCCCCGUGCUUUAAUGACUCUGUGGGGAAAUUGCUCUGCUGGAUGCUGCUUGAGUGUGACAUGCACUUCAGUAAUUGAUAUAUUAGUUUUCUGCCUACAAAUGACCCAUCAGCUGACACGGGUAAGACGCCAUCCUGUAGAGUCUACAGCGUGUUCUUUAACCAGCACCAACUGUUGUUUGCUCUGCAGUUUGUGUUACUCAAGCUGACAGACGAGUAUGGUCGCCUCGAACAUUUCCUUGCACUGCUUUGGGGCAAUCUAGCUCAGAGUUGGCCUGUAAAUUCCUGUCUAAGUGAUCUCCACACACAGCAAUGAGUGGAAUUCCUGCAAAGAUGUGUCACCUACUGGCAUGUUCUACAAUUUGAGCAACAAGGAGCUUGUCUAUGCAUCUGUCCUGAGCUUCAUUCAUGAACAUGUCCCCAUAUUCAAGUCGCCUCUGCAACAUUUGUUCAUGUUUUUGAGCUGCAUGCUUCAUGAAAGUCUUCAAAGUCUCAUCUAUCUACUAGAAAGUGACAGUAUCACUGCUGCCUUCAAAAGUGGCCUAUUUGUGAGGUUGCACUGAUCUGAUAUCCUAACCAAUUACGCUGAAAAGUCAGCCACUAUUAAGUAAUUUUAUUUCAUGAUAAUCGAUCAUGAUUUGGUGCAAGCAGAAAGAAUUUCGGUAGUCAAAAACCAACUUUACUUUCAUCAACAUUACGUUUUUAAUCACACUGGUCUGGUAGUUUGUAUGAUACUUGAGUCCAGGUAUCAAGAGAAAAAUGGUAUUGCGACAUCUCUCAUUACCAAGCCUCAAUGUCAAAUCUCCAUUCAGGUGCAACAGUGUGAAGAAGAAAGGGCAGCAAGGUGAAAACAAGAAAGAGACAGUGGCACUGAAAGAAAGAGGCAGGUACAGCAGGUGAGAGGGAAAGAAAGGGAGGGAAAGAAAAGAGAGUUAUAGAGUGAGGAGCUGACAGGGACUAGGUAAUCCCUUGGGUAAUCUGAGGCCCGGUCCCCUUGGUAGAUUUGGUAGAUCAGAUGGCCUAUCAAAGAUCAGAACUUCCAUUGUGCAUCGCGGCUUGUCUCUCAAUCACACUCCCUCUCGCCCUCUUCGCUUAUCUCACGUCACUGUCCCCUCCUUCGUCGCCGCUCUGGGCUCAACACGUGAAACGAAAGGCCUCACAGGGACACGAGGAGAUCCUCUGUUUCAUUUUCCACUGCAUGUGCCUCAUUGGGGUUUGAAUCAGGGCAUCCUGGAACUUCCUGUUUUACACCAGUGUAACCAUUGCUGCAAUGUCAUCUAUCUAUUCAUCGAUCUACCUGUCAAUCAGUCUCACACCACUUUGUUGACCUUUCCCUUUCUGCAGACAGAGGAGUCAUGGAGGGUGCCAUUCAGACGCUGGUGAAGGUCUUCAUAAAGUCAUCCAAGGGGAAAGAGAGUCUAGGAAAGAAAGAAUUCCAAAACCUCGUCAAGGGCCAGCUCUCCAACAUCCUCUCGGUUAGAAAACCUUUCUCAUACCUCUCUGAAAAGUUACCAACGCUUACUGUAUGUAACCACCUCACAGAAAGUUAAAGUAACAAAAUUAACAAUGUGGUGUUAGCUUAGAGUGUCCCAAAUUAUUCACAGGAUACGGCCAAUACUCAAGAAAAGACAUCAUUAUAGGUAUCAUGAUAUGUCUGCGGGUAUUAGCACUGGUCGUCCAUUGAUUGUUAUGAUUCCCCAACGUGAGGAUUGUUACUAAACGUAGAGUAAUAUAUAGUAGAUGAAUGAGGGAAGUGAUCUGAUGUGGUAAAAUGACAGUCAUCAGCAUUAUAAUGCAAAUACAGACACUGAUAGAGGGUCAUUUGCCAGUCGAUUAUGGUAAUUUAUGCAGAGAGAAAGCAGGUAGAGUUACUGACCAUCAUUGCCUCUCUCAUGGUUAUGUGUGCCCUCAACCCAGGACACAGACAGCAAGGAAGCAAUCGCCACCAUGGGGCAAGGACUGGAUGCCAACCAAGACGGCAAGGUUGGUUUUGAGGAGUACAUGAAGCUUGUCGGCUACCUGGCUACCUCACUCAGUGAGCAGCGUCUCCUCGCCAAAGAGGAACCGGCCCAAAAUUCUGCAUCAGGACAAGUCGCGCAAACUACCCCACUGGAAAAUGGGGACGACAAGCCACCGGCAAACGCAGAGGCAAAGGAGGAGCCAAAGGCGGAGGCGAGUGAAGAGCCGAAGGCAGAGGCGACGGUUGAAGUGAAGGUAGAAGAAAAAGCGGACGGAGUGGCAGAAAUAAAAGUAGAAGUGAAGACAGAAGGGGAAACCGAGCCUGAGGUAGCAAAAGAAGAGAACCCAGCAGCGGCAGUAGAAACGGUAGUGGCAUCGGCAAUAGGAGCAGCACCGACAGAAGUAGAGGAGGCCGUGAAUGAGGAGGAGAAAAAGGAUGAAACAGAGAAAGUGGUGGAAGCGGCAGAGAAUUUGGCCGCAGCCGUGGAGGAAGCAGUGGAGAAGAAGAUAGAGGAGGCGACCUCAUAGGGGACAAUCAAUUCCUUCACCAAAAAUCACACCACAUGCUCACACUCAACACUACACACAACACACAACACAACAUUACUGCCCAAAGAAGUUAAAAAGCCACUUAAAGUUUUCAUAAAAGUUAAAACGCCAGCCUCGAAAGAAUCCCAUUCCUUUUGUAUGAUUAAAACUUCAUGUAAAUGACAGUAGAGUUAUUGCUUUUUACUACCACUAUGUUCAUUUGUACAGCAUGUCCAUCCCACUAUAUAGCACAUUUACCUCAUUAUGAUACUCUACUAUGAUAGCGUGCAGACGUACACUAAUAUGCAUGCCAUGUCCCUGUGAAGUCUUUACUGCAAAGUAUGGUUUACCUGCACCAGCACACUGACACACAUGGCUAAAGUGUCACUAUGUUAGCACACCACUGCAGCCACGAUGUUUUGUAUCGUUCCCAUCCUUUCCCAUCUUUUAUUUGAACUUGGUCUUUUUUCCAUCUCUGCUACGCUGCUGAGCUUACUGUACAUUUGACCUCGGUUAAACAUCAGCUGUGUACACCUUGCUGAGCAGUAAUGGCUUACUUUGGGGUGAAAGUUUUCUUGUCAGAAGGUAGUAAAGACAGAUAACGAAACUCGUAUCAGCGAUCGGCUAGUAAGUCAAUGUUGGCCUCUGCUUGCAGCAGCAACUUGCAAAGCAUAGCAUUAAGAUUGAACCAACAAGACUGGUUCCAAAAAGCAAGCUAGCUCUGUCCCAUGCUAACUAAAACCGCUCCCUCCUCCAUUUAACAUGUUUUGUAUUUAAUCGUCUAAAAGACUAAAUAUAAGAUUUAACCACUAGAGGCUUAUCUGUGCAUCUUUAACCAUAACCUAAAUGAUGUGCAAGAGUAAGCUUUAAAAGCCUACGAGGUGUUUAAUCCUGGUUGUAGCUUUAAAGGUAAACUUUCUCUCUGUCUCAAAGGUUUAUGCUAGGUGGUGCUGAUCAGCUGCUGGCUGUAAUUUAAUUUCCAAUUCAUCUAACUCUAACUCUCGGCAGGAAAAUUGGUUGAUGUUCUUCCCAAAAUUUCACAUAGUUUUUGUAAGGGUUGCAUGAAACUUUGUCAAUAACACUAUAUAUGUUUUUUUUUUACAUUCUCAUCUUUGAAUUCACAAUGCUUUGGAGCUGAUUUGGCAUGACAAUAAACAAAUUGUUUUGCUGAAGCUUUGCAUUACCUAAGCUCAUCUUCAUUGAGUAUUCAGUGUCCCAUCGCAGGCUUUACUCUCCCUCUCACCAACCAACUUCUACAUGGGCUCUUUUUUUCUGUAUUUCCCAGAUCUAUCACCAUAUGUGGAUCCUUAAGCGUAAUCUCUAUGGGCAUUGUCAACCAGGGGAUUAGGAACUUGAAGAUCAGGUGUGGCACUUACCUAAAUAAUUAAGUCUGAAGAAUGGAAACCACACCAAAGGACCCCUAGGGUCAAAAGGGAACUUAAAAUAGUCUCAUGGGAGUGAGCUGAUGACUAGAGGAGCGGGUCAGAGAAGGGGUACAUGAAACCUAAUCCACCAGGAUUAGAAGAAUGAGACAACAAACACAAAGACUUUAGGAAAUCCAUCAUCAGAGCAGCUUAGUUACAGUUUUAUUUCAAUUACUUAAAAACACAAUUACUUCAUUUUUAUUCUGUUUGUGCCUCAAAAACCACACACCAGGUUCUACUCACUGGCUGUUAAAGGUGCUUGAUGGUACAGUUUCAGUACUUCAGUACUCCUUCUAGUUCUGAAUUGGGGUUGCAGGAUCUUGAUGUGUAUUUUGGGGGCUCUAAUCAAAUAUUGUCUUUGUUUCUUGUUGCUGGUUGUAACACCAAUUAUUCAGGCUAGUGUGUUUGUUUGGCGGUCACACCCUUAUGUAGCUUAGAGACCCUGUUUGACUUGCAAGUGAGUCCUCUAGUCCCAGUCAUUGGGAAACAACUGGAUUAGGCACUGGAUGGGAAACACACCCUGGGAGACAAACAAUUACAUGAAAGUAAUCCCGGGUUGGAGUGAUCCUGCCUAUCAGACAAGGUGGUAGUGUAGAAAGGUUGUUGUGUUUUUAUUUUAGCCAAAAGAAUACUGAGCCAUCAAUAUUAAUCCAUACGGUGUGAUCUUUUACAACAGAAUUAUUCAUUAAAGGACGCAUGCUAUCAGAAAUUUACUUUCUAGUAUUACCAUUGUAUUGCAGUUAUUGAGGCUGAGUAUUUAAGUUUGAAACAGCCUCCUCAUAUUUAAUUUUUUAAAACUAAUUCUUUCUUGUUUGGACCACUAUGGAGAUCACUUGAACAUGUACGUCUUUGUCACAUUAUAUGCAAUUUGUUAAUUACAAUUUAAUGAUUUGUAAAUUGUCUCAUCAUCAAUAAUGCAGCCAUGAGAAAAAGGCUCGUGUUGCAGCCCUGCUAGGUUAUAGGUCUACUUGGCUAACCUGUAAGGUGCUAGAGGCAUCUGCGUCGUUGUGGGCACGUUACCAAAUGUGCACAUUAUGCACUGUUACAGCACCUGGCAGUUCAAACCACUCAGCAGCAAAACGGGCAAGACAAAUAAACCUGAGUCACGUGGUCCCCUUGCUUCACUGCGACACUCCUAUUGCAAAUACACUCAUUUACACUCACUCUUCUCUGCCCUUAACGUUUGCUGCUUCCUGCAUGCUUUUUUACUAAUCCACAUACUGGGCAUUUUCAGCUUUUUAGACUAUAUUACGACUCCUUUUAUAAAAUCUUCCUCUCUUUUUACAUCAAACAUUUUUAACAAUGGUACUUUGUUUGAAUAAUGAAGACAUAUCACUCUUUUGCACCAUCUACAGCCAGAUGUGUUUAACACAGGGCCCUGAAUCUUGUAUAUACUGGCAAGCUGCAUUCAUUAUUUGCUAUUCCCCGUAGGCUGGGCGUGUUCAGUGCAUCUCUGUGCUCUUUCUUUGCUUUUAGGAGCAAAAGAAUAAGAAACUGGAUUAAAACUUAAUUCACUUUACAUGCACGACCUGCACUUCCUACAGAUUUAGUGUGAACAGACAUGUCUGGAAAUUAUUAGAUCACAGCGAGAGCUCCCUUUUAACCUAUUUGGAAUAGCAGAUGGAGUAAACUAUGAGAUUUUUUUUUCAAUAGGUUGAACUGUCUGCACAGUUUUGUAAUGGUCCCAAAGUGUAAACCCCACCCAUUUUUUUUAACCCUGCGUAGAUUAAAAACAUGCUGGAACAAAACAGCAGAUUUGCAGGAGGGAGUGUUUGCAACCACACAAUACGUCUCAUUCAUCCUGUGACACAGUCAAUGAAGAUAAGAGCCUGUGUUGAUAAAUUACCUUAAAACAUGUAGCUGAUAUAUUAAAUGUACAUACAAGUGUAUGGAUGUGCUUUAAAAGCUCCAAAUGUUUGUGAUUAGGGGACCAUUCCUGGGCGUUCAUCAUUGUGUUUUGAUGUCCUCUUGUUUAUUUCCUGCCAAGUACAACAGUAGAGGGUGUGUGUGUUUAGCAGUUGGGCUCAUUUCAGUCCACUAUGUCAAGUAAACUCCACUAUGCUAGUAUUUCAACUUCAUAUGUUAUGCUGUAUCAUUUUUGCUUAAUCUAACAUGUUUAAAGGCUAAUAAUGAAUAAAACUGUGACAAUUACCUAUUUUAA